CGGACGAGCGCAGGUGGGGCGUGGUGCCUCCGUGGAAGUGGCUGCGUGAGCUCCGGUUGCAGCCGUUUGAGAGGCGUCUGUGAACGCGGCUCUGGGAUUUCGGCUGGAGACCGAGUUGGAGAGUCCUCAGUCAUUGAGGACAACUGGAGUCAGGGGAGAGAGUGACACUGAUCAUGAGCGUGUCCCUGAAGACGUGAAGGACAAAGCUCUUCAGAGACAGUGGUGGGGCGGCCAGAGACGAAGGAGAAGGCGCUGUCUCAGAAACUAAGGAAAGAGAAUUCCAAGGGACUGGGGGCACGCGGUGGCAGGAAAUCAAGGAGUUGGCAUUGCCCAAUAGAAAUAGAUUGCCAGCUGCAGAUGCCAGCGGCAUGCAUAAAACAAAACAGCCGCCCCGUGGUGCCUCCUCUGAUCCCCCCAAAGAUCCCGGAAGGGGAACGUGUGGACUUCGAUGACAUCCACCGAAAGCGCAUGGAGAAAGACCUGCUGGAGCUGCAGACGCUCAUCGACGUGCAUUUUGAGCAGCGGAAGAAAGAGGAGGAGGAGCUCGUUGGGCUGAAAGAGCGCAUCGAGCGGCGUCGGUCCGAGAGAGCCGAGCAGCAGCGCUUCCGGACCGAGAAGGAGCGGGAGCGGCAGGCCAAGCUGGCGGAGGAGAAGAUGCGGAAGGAAGAGGAAGAAGCCAAGAAGCGGGCUGAGGACGAUGCCAAAAAGAAGAAGGUUCUGUCCAACAUGGGGGCCCAUUUUGGAGGUUACCUGGUCAAGGCAGAACAAAAGCGGGGAAAGCGCCAGACGGGGCGGGAAAUGAAAGUGCGGAUCCUGUCUGAGCGUAAAAAGCCUCUGAACAUCGACUACAUGGGGGAGGAUCAGCUCCGGGACAAAGCCCAGGAGCUGUCGGAUUGGAUCCACCAGCUGGAGUCUGAGAAGUUUGACCUGAUGGCGAAGCUGAAGCAACAGAAAUACGAGAUCAACGUGCUGUACAACCGCAUCAGCCAUGCCCAGAAGUUCCGGAAGGGGGCCGGGAAGGGCCGCGUCGGGGGCCGCUGGAAGUGAGCACGCCAGGACCGGACACCAGGAGCCAUCGGAGGGGUUGUUUCAUCUGUAGCUGAAAAUAAACGCUCCCCCCAGG